CGUCUAAAAGCCCUCUAAUACCGUUGGGUUAAAAUAGUAAUUUCAUUCACUCAUACCCUGCAAAACCCUACCAUAAAACUAUCAUUUUCCAUCCCAGAGUUUUGCUUCUUCGAAACCCUAGCUCCCCCUCCUCCGUCUCUCUGUAUCUCUCUCUCUCUCCCUCUCCAAGUAAAAAAUGCCGCCGAAGUUCGAUCCCUCUCAGGUAGUGGACGUUUACGUCCGAGUCACCGGGGGAGAGGUUGGUGCGGCUAGUUCUCUCGCUCCCAAGAUCGGUCCACUGGGUCUGUCCCCAAAGAAGAUCGGAGAAGACAUAGCCAAGGAGACCGCUAAGGAUUGGAAGGGUCUACGAGUCACUGUCAAGCUCACGGUUCAGAACCGUCAGGCAAAGGUUUCAGUGGUGCCGUCAGCGGCGGCUCUGGUCAUCAAAGCUCUCAAGGAGCCUGAGCGUGACAGAAAGAAGACUAAGAACAUCAAGCACAAUGGGAACAUUUCUCUUGAUGACGUGAUCGAGAUCGCGAAGGUCAUGAGGCCUAGGUCCAUUGCCAAGGAACUCGCCGGUACCGUCAAGGAAAUUCUCGGCACGUGCGUGUCUGUUGGGUGCUCGGUCGAUGGAAAGGACCCCAAGGAUUUACAGGAGGAGAUUUCAAAUGGAGAUGUCGAAAUUCCCCAGGAUUGAGCUGAGUUUCUUAUCCGUUUAAGCAAACCUAUUAUUGGGUUAUCUUUUUUGGCUUAGAUACAUGGGGUUUUGUUUAAAUUUAUUAUGCUCGUUUCUCAGAACUUUCUUUUUAAGAUGAUUUUUAAUCACUA